ACCACAACAAUAACAACAGCAGCAACAACAACAACAACAACAACAACAACACCUGCAAUUCCAACUCACUACAACACAUUGUCCCUUCCCAGUUGCUGCAACCAAGAAUAUCCGCCUUGAUCUGCUUGCGCCAACACCAACACCAACGCCAACACAAAGUGUACUGCCUGACAUUCCAGUUGCGAGUUCGCAUUGAUCAUCCGUACCUUAUAUUCAAUCUUCACCCAGUCGCAACAACGUCGACACAAAACUCCACUAGUUGAUGUUGGCUCCAGUAUAGACCAUGGCGUCCUACGCAGACUACUCUGCACAGACCAUGGCAUCGGACGACUUCACACUGUACCCAGAUGCAGAGAGCUGGAAUCCCGAACAGUCCUAUCUUCCUACAUCUACCUAUGCAGACCAGCCUUACCUGAGCGCAACUACCUUUGACUCCUCCUUCCAGGCCCCUCAGCAGUAUAGCGAUUGCACCUUCGAACAGACGCCUCAGCACGCCAAGGAACCAUUCCACUCGCCUGCCCACUCGACUUCACACUCGUUCGAUUACCAGAACCCGCCUCGGUUCUCUACCACAUCAGACUCGGGACACAGCACCAUAUCAUCCGCAAUGGGAUCGCCAUCAGCACAAAUGCAGCCCAGCGAAUGGAACCACCACCUGAACCUCUUUCCCGACAUUGUGCAGCACAACGACAACGGCGUCUUUGCAGCAACUACCUUUGAAUACGACAGCAUUCCGGUGACCGAUAAGGGUUGUGUUGAUCCCUCGCUGAUCCAGCCCUUCUCGCCAUCUCAUAUUGGCCCUUCCUUCCCAUCAUCCGUGCUUCCUGUGCAAUCGCCUUUGCCCAUGACAUAUCACAGCAUGUCCCCGGUACCAUCGCGAACGUCGUUGCAUGAUGAUCGAUCGGCAUCAAUAAAGCCACAAUCUCCAUAUCAGACGUGGCAGCAGCCAUCUCCACAACAGCAGCAGCCCAGUGGGAGAAGACCUUCCAUUUCCUCUGUACACUCGAGACAUAGCCAGAACUCGCAUUCAUCAGAAGACUCGAACAAGGGUCCGUGCCCUAUCGCGACCUGUGGCAGACAUGUCAAGGAUCUCAAGGCGCACAUGCUCACUCACCAGCACGAGCGCCCUGAGAAGUGCCCAAUUCCGACUUGCGAAUAUCAUAUCAAAGGUUUCGCUCGCAAAUAUGACAAGAACCGACAUACCUUGACCCACUACAAAGGUACCAUGGUGUGCGGGUUUUGUCCUGGAAGCGGGAGCUCAGCAGAGAAGAGCUUCAAUCGAGCGGACGUGUUCAAGAGACAUCUCACAACGAUACACGGUGUUGAGCAGACGCCACCAAAUUCACGGAAGAAGAGCCCGAUAGUGGGCAGCAAGAAGGCCAUUGGGAUCGAGGCAUCCGGCAUGUGCUCGACCUGCGGUAACACUUUUGCGAAUGCCCAGGACUUUUACGAGCAUUUGGACGACUGUGUACUUCGUGUGGUACAGCAGGCGGAGCCGAGCGAAGCGAACAACGAGAAGCUGUUGACUGAAAUCUCGCAAGAUAGGGAGUGUCGGGAGACUUUGGAGAAGCAUCAUCUUCCCACCGAGGUCGAUCUCACUCUAUCGACCAACUACGACCAAGCAGAGGAUAUGGAGGAUGACUGCGAGGAGGAGGAUGCGAAUGACGGCACAUAUGGCAAGCGCAGGACCGGCAAGCGUGUUGGCAAGAAUGGUGGCAUUGUCAAACCAGGCCAGAAGAGAGGUCUGACAUUGUCGAAGAAUGGUGUUGCUCUCGCUGGUCAAAUGAUCGGGAAAGGAUCGAAGCGGAGGAAGAACUACCCUCUAUCAUGGGGCGCCGCCCCCGACAAGAUGAAGAUGAAGAAGCGUGUUCUAUGUGUAUUUGAAGGCCCCAGAAGGCUAUGGAAGGACGACAUGAUGCUCGAUGCCGAGCACGAAGUGCGAAUUCCGCUGAAUGCAGACGAUGCUCGAGGUCCGUACGUCACCGACCUGGAUGUCUUGACGUUACGGAGAGCAGAAGGCGUCUUGAAUGCCACCGAGGAAGAAAAGGGUCCCUGGCCGGAUGAGGAAGAGCUCCAACGUCUGAUGGAGUCUUGAACGUGUUUUUGAUGAUGUCGAUGAUGUCGCGAAAUGGGAAGUGUGUAUUUGUACGCUUGUGUGUGUGUAUGUGUGUGUGAUGAAGGAUCCGCAUGAUACCAAUCUCCCAACCUGCGGGAUGAUGAAUUUACGACAGCGCAAAGAGAUAUCCAGCUCAGAAAACUAUGAGUACUACAUGUAGUAGAUUCUUUUUUUCAAACAGAGAACCUAUAGAGCAGAGAAGAAGAAGAAGAAGAAGAAGAAGAAGUGCAGGACACUGGAAGAGGAAAAGAAAUUGUUAUCAUCAUUUCUCUCGAU